GGCGCGGGCGCCGACGUCAGAGCCCGGCUGGCCGAGCGGUGGCCCCAGCUCGGGCUCCGGCUCAGUCGGCUCGAGUGCGCGUAGCAGCGAGGAAGUGCUGCGGCCUCAGUCCUCCCUCCCUCCCUCCCUCUCACUCUCUCCGGCUGUGUGAGCUCCCUCCCUGUCCCUCCCUCCCCGUCUCCCUCGCGGGCUCCUGCUGCGCCCGCCGCUGCUCGAUCGUCCUCGCCGGCUCCCCCCACUCCUUCCUUUUCGUCCUCGUCCUCCUUCCUCCUCCCCCCGCCCCUUCCUCCUCCUCAGCUCCGACUCUCCCCCUUCCCCUCUCCCCCGCGACCGCACUACCCCGCACUCACACCCACCCGCACUCACAGCCACGCUCUGACACGGACCUCUCCCUUCGCCACGCGCGCCCAUCAUGACCAAGGACGAGAAGAAACCUUUCGAGCAGACUCUGGGCGAGUGGAAACGCUUCAUCUACAACCCGGGAAACGGCGAGAUCUUGGGGCGGACGGCGGAGAGCUGGGGUUUGAUCUUACUCUUCUACCUGGCCUUUUACGGCUUCCUUGCUGCACUCUUCACAUUUACAAUGUGGGUUAUGCUUCAGACACUGAAUGAUGAAACUCCAAAAUACCGGGACCAGAUUUCUAGUCCAGGGCUUGCAAUUGUCCCCAAACCACAUGGUGCACUGGAGUUUUCUAUCAAUACCUCUAAACCGUCAACCUUUGAAAACCAUAUUGUCAGCAUCACAAAAUUUUUAAAAGCAUAUGAAAGCGAAAGACAAGAAUUUCACAUACACUGUCGUAACGGAACGAUUUUUGAACAGGAUGACGUGUCUCCUAAAAAGGCUUGUAGAUUUUCUCUUGAGGUCCUUGAAGACUGCUCUGGAUUGAAAGAUAACUCUUAUGGCUACCCUGAAGGAAAUCCUUGUAUUUUUGUGAAAAUGAAUAGAAUAAUUGGAUUAAGGCCUGAAGGACAUCCCAGGAUAGCAUGUGAAGUUAAGGAUGGAAAAGAUAUAAAGCUAUUAACUUUCCCCAAAAAUGGAAAUCUUGACUUAAUGUAUUAUCCAUAUUACGGGAAAAAGUUGCAUGUGAACUAUCUACAGCCGUUAGUUGCUGUCAAGGUCAUGUUUCAGGACGUCAGCCAAGAAGUGUCAGUGGAAUGCAAGAUUGAUGGGUCCCCCAAUCUGAGAAACCAGGAUGAACGUGACAAGUUCUUGGGACGAGUCGCCUUCAAAAUCUCGAUGACUCAUUAGAAUGAGUAGAACAUCUCCACAAAGUAAACAUGUUGUCUGUCUUCAUGUUGUAUCGGCUGGACCUGCCAUUCUAGAAUUUGAAACCACCUUGGAGCAAUUUAGGGUGGUACAUGACGUCUGGGGUAGCAUAAUGAUGUGCUUCCAAAUCGUAAUGUUUAAUGUUCUCAAAGUAACUGCCUUUUGCCUUUGCCUGCCCCAUUGGACCAGUGUGCAGACAUAGACGUGUCAUAUUAGGGACCUGUAAAUAGCUGAUUCAAAACGUGUAAUAAUGGUGGUCUUGUCCUGUUCUAAUGUGGUUUUAUCUCCCAAGUGUCUAUAAAGCUUAAUGUGCUGUGCUAUGUAAAUAUUUUAUUGAUUUAACACUGGUUUAACUGUCAUUAUCUCAAUGCCAACACACCUUUAGGGAUCAAAUGAUAAAAAAAGGUACCUGACCAACCUAAAGUGAUUUAUAACUGCAAGAGUUGUGGUGUGUGGAGACACCUUAAGUUCUGUGUGUGAGGAGGAAGAGAAAUAAAAGUGGAUUUUAAAAGUGUCGGUGUGGAGUUUUUGCAGUUCUUUUAAAAGGCUGGAUUGGUUUGGAUCCUGAGCACGAGGGAAGGUUUUUGAGUUUUAAAAAUGAGAGAAAUACCGGCAUGAUAGAAUUGAGCUUUACCGUUUGUAAGGUAUAGAGCAUAGAAGAGUUUUUCAAAUUGCAUCAACAUGAGUGGUCCCUUUCGAAUCAGCUUGGUUUAGGUGAGUUAAUAAGUCAGUUUUUGAAAUCCACUACUUUUAAAAAUGUUAAAUUAUGAAUUUACCUAUUAACAAUGACAACCAGAUCAGCGUACAGAAUGAGAAAUGAAAUGCUUAAAAGCACUUAAAGAGAACUUAAGAGACAACAAGUAAGUCAGCCAGUGAGCAUUUAAGUGCCUGCAAUGUGCAAGGCACUGUGCUAAGUGCUAGGGAAAGGCGAAAGACAGUCUGCCCCCAGGGACCUGCUCACGGUCUAAUGAGCGAGUUCUGCCACCUUUGUUUCAUUUUUUCCCUUCCUUUCAUUAAUAUUUGUAUUGGUCUUCCCAAAUUACUUUGUAUGCUUCCUGUUUCUCUUUUAA